CGGUAAUUUUCCAAUCGCACACCUAUGCUAAGUGCAGGACUGGCCAAAGAAUGGCGAUAUACUAGCUGCGACUUCAAAGACUCGUGUGGGAGUGACUUAGGACGACCGAACGGUAAAAUCAUCUCGUUACAGGGUGAUUCUCGUUACACAGUGGGGGAUAUUAGUCAUUUGUUGCAACUGGAGUGGGGUAGGUGUUACAAGUAACAGGAAGGAUUCUCUCCUUGACAAGGGACGACGAGGUU